GGCGAAAGAAAGAAAAUGGAUGGGACAAACCCAUUAAUGGGCAGGUUCAUUCUCAUUGGUGCAUUCGAGCAGACUGCAGUUCACGCCUUACUUUGUUCAAAAUCUAUUGGUUGUUUGGAGCAAAACAUCAUUUACUGUGAAAACAGUUAUCAAAGAAUCAACUCAGAUACGUUAGUGUUUCAGAAGAUCUUGGAGAGACCACUCUAUGUCCGUAGUGGGUGUUCAGUUGAAGUCCUGGUGUCAUCGCUGCAAUUGGCCGCUGGCAGAAUGCUGCGGUCCUUCUUGACUUUGGUUCUAUUGCAGAUUUGGAACUGCCGCCCCGGGGAUUGUCAGGCGGACCCUUCAGAAAGCGUGAAGUUGAGGCUGGUGAACGGGGGCAGUCCAUGCGCCGGGAGAGUGGAGGUUCACUACAGGGGGAGAUGGGGGACUGUGUCUGAUGACCAAUGGGACCUGCAGGACGCGGCGGUGGUGUGUCGGGAGCUGGACUGCGGCGCCGCGGUGAAAGCCCCGGGCGAUGCUCACUUUGGACCGGGGUCCGGACCCAUUGUGACGGAUGAAGUUGAAUGCAGCGGGAACGAGGCCGCUCUACGGGAGUGUAGAUCACUGCCAUGGAGGGACUAUGCCUAUCCACACUCCGAAGAUGCCGGCGUUAUCUGCGAAGUCUCUGGUUCUAACGAGCGGUGCCAGUUCCAGGCAAGUCCCAGGCUGUUGCUGGCCUCCAGCCGCCUCCGUCCUUGGAAGCCACGUCGCUCUCUUCACCCGUCCUUUGUUGCCCAGGGUGCCUCCCGCAGCCGCUCACAAGGGCGGUUAAGCCACACCCUGGUUCCCUCUCCUUUCCUCUCCUUUCCUCUCCAACUGGCCUUUGCCCGGACAUCACUGGCUCCAUCCUCCCGGUCUCUGCUCUCCGGCAGACGAGCAGAGACCAGCACAGCAGCUCCCCCCUUCCCGAGGGAUGUUUUUGUAAAUUGUCUUCAUAAUUGUGGCUUUCAUGACUAUCUUUUAUAUUUUUUCUCAGAGCACAGAAUGCUAAGAUUGGUAUCCAAAGAUGAUCAGUGCUCGGGAAGACUUGAAGUGCAGUAUGUUGAAACCUGGGGAACCGUGUGUGACCUGGCCUGGGAUAUGGAUGAUGCCAAUGUGGUGUGCAGUCAGCUUCAUUGUGGAGUCGCCGUGUCUGUUCCGACAGGGGCAUAUUUUGGAAAGGGAACGGGCCUUGUACGGAGCGAUGUAUUUGAAUGUAAGGGUAAUGAGACAAGCCUACGGGACUGUCCGCAUUCUUUAGGAACUCUUCAUUGCAACCACACGAGCGAUGUCAGUGUGAUCUGUUCUGGGAACCAUGGCCCACGACUUGUGGGUGGGAAGGAUAGAUGCUCUGGCCGGGUGGAGGUUCUACACGGAGACGAGUGGGGGACAGUUUGCGAUCAGUACUUUAGCUUGCUUGAUGCCGGCGUGGUCUGUGAACAACUACAUUGUGGUGCAGUGGCCACAACUCACGGAGUUACUCACUUUGGCCGAGGAUCCGGCCCCGUGUGGAAGGAGAACUACCACUGUCGGGGGAACGAGUCCCGAUUAGUUGAUUGUCCAGUCUUACCCAGGGAUCAGACGAGUUGUUCACACGAAAACGACGUCGGUCUCAUCUGCUCAGAUGAAAUUUGGUCUCUGAGAUUGAGCAAUGGGGGUAGCCACUGCGACGGCCGUGUGGAGGUUUACCACAAUGGUAGAUGGGGGAGAGUGCAGGAUAGCGCCUGGAACAUCAAUGAUUCCAAUGUGGUCUGCAGAGAGUUGGGCUGCGGCUCCGCCAUAUUCGCCUACAACUCCUCAAGGUACGGAGAGAGUGAGCUGCCCGUGUGGGUGAACCACGUUCAUUGUGAAGGAAACGAGUCGCAGCUCCGAAAUUGCAGCACAUUUACACUGAAUCAGACAUCCAGCGACAGCAUCGGUGUUGGAGUCCUGUGCUCAGACCAUCUCCAAUUACGGCUGUCUGGGGGUGGAAGUACAUGUGCUGGACGAGUGGAGAUUUAUUACAAUGGGUCUUGGGGCACAGUUUGUGAUGACUCCUGGGAUCUAGAUGACGCUAACGUGGUCUGCGGGCAGCUAGGUUGCGGAUAUGCUGUGGAAGAUAAAAUUCCGGGAUUCUGUGGACAAAGUAAAGGCCAAAUUUGGUUGGAUGAAGUAAGAUGCUCGGGUAACGAAUCAUACCUCUGGAACUGUCCCUCCGCACCGUGGGGUCGGCACGAUUGCAGUCAUAAGGAAGAUGUGACAGUGAAGUGUUCUGAACACAAAGAGAUGCGCCUGGUGAACGGAGGCCGGCGGUGUAAAGGGAGAGUGGAAGUGUGGUACAACGGGACAUGGGGAACAGUGUGCUCCGAGAAGCUCUAUAGAGUGGAGGCGGAAGUGAUCUGUAAACAAUUAGAAUGUGGACCCCUCGAAUAUAUUGAAUAUGGCACCAGGAAAUAUGGACAAGGUUCUGGGCCCAUAUGGAUCGAUGAGAUGAAAUGUAACUCGCAUGAGUCAGCCCUUUGGCAGUGCCAGUUUGACCCGUGGGGGAAACACAACUGUGACCACAGGGAGGAUGCAGGCGUUUCAUGUAAAGAUGCUCAAAUGCCGGAGACAACCCGCGGGAAAGACUGCGACGGAGGAAAUGAAUCUAAAUCUCGACGUUUACCAGAUCUACAACUGCGGGUUGAUGGCGGCAGCAACAAUUGCUCAGGAAGGGUUGAAAUAUUAUUCAAUAACCGCUGGGGGACGGUGUGUGAUGACUCCUGGGGUCUCGCCGAUGCCAAUGUCGUCUGCAGACAGUUGGGCUGUGGCUCUGCUCUUUGGACUCCAAGAGCGACGACCAUUACCCCGGCCUCAGGUGAUAUCUGGCUGGAUGAAGUGAAAUGCACGGGAAGGGAAUCAUUCCUGUCCCGUUGUCCGUCUUCACCGCUCGGUCAACAUGACUGUGAUCACAAGGAAGAUGUCUAUGUCACCUGUUCUGGAAUUUCAAUUUCAGAGUUGAGAAAGAAGCCGCUCUCCACGGCUGUUGUGGUUUGCACAACUCUGGGAAUCCUACUCAUCGCUGAAUUUGUCGCACUGGUGAUAAUAGCUCGGAGGCAAUCAGCAAGAAGAGAUGCAGAGUUGAGAGCCAGAGGAUUUGGCUUUUACGAAGCAAUUUAUGAAGAGAUUGACGAUACUCUUCCUGGAAACAAGUUCAGUCAGAUGGAUGAUUCAAUCUCUGGAUCCAUUGAUUCCAUGAAUCAAAUAGAAUAUUACACCAGUGACCCUCUGGGUUGUGCUCAUUCAACAAGCGAACUCCCUGAAGGAACCUCCUCCAGUGUUCGAGAUCUAGAUCCGGAUGACCAUGACGAUCCUGAGAGUAAAGCCAUUGAUUGUCCGGGCGGUCAGUUCCCGAUGGACGGUGGCGCCGAUGACCUUCUGAUGCUAACAGUUGCCGGCGGUGACGUGGACAUUGAUGGUGAAUCUAGCAUGAUACCUUGUUUCCAAAGCCUGUCUUGAAAUGAUGGAAAACGCUCGGCGUUUCAUCAGACAGCACGUGCCUUUCACCCUUCCUGCAAGAUCGACAAGCAGAUCUUCACAGCAUUGAUAUCACUCGCCAACUUAUCACAAGCAGAAUUUUGACUUCAUUUUAAACCACUUGGUUUGAUUUUUUGCCCUAAACCUUGGAAGAAAACAUGUUCUCUGCUCUCUGGACAGGUGUAGAAAAACAUAUUUAAUCGUCAUUCUUCUUCUGGAAGAAAGAUCUUUUUUUCCUAAUCAAUAAACGCGUGUUAAUUUGAAUUUGUAAGCGUUUUUAUACAUUCCAUGUAAAUGCUUAAGAUUGUGCAGGUUAAAAUGAAUGUUACUUUGUUCUUAUCAUGCUUUACCUUGCUUUGGUGUCGUAAUGAACUGUUUCAAUCUCGCUCAAUGUAAGAAUUGAACAAGCAUAAUAAAUACUCCAGGUGGAAUUCAA